GUCAAAGCCGCGCCGCCUCCUCCGCAGCCCUCUUUCUAGGGCUCCUCUGGGGCCCGGGGCUGAGGACUCCUGGCAUCCCGGAGUCUCUGCGGCCCGAGCCGAAUCUGGACCACUUGGAAGACGCCAGCAGGUAACUGGCCUCACAAAAUGUCCCUGAGAAUUAAAGGCCUUGGGAGGCUUGUUAUGUAUUUGUGGUUUUGUAAAUGUGGUACCUUGACAGAAGUUUGGGAAAGCCGCACUCCAUCCACAAAGUUGAGAAGGAGUUGCAAGGAAUAGGCGGGUAUCACACGACAAGAAACCUCGGCUACGGCCCGACCCCACCCCCGAUAUACACGAACACACACACGCGCGCUUUUAUACGUUUCCAUUGAGAGCCCAGAAAAAAUAUUUAUGUUAAGUACCUGCUCUCAGAGCUCUCUCGGAGCAUUUUAGAUACUGAAAGUUAAGCAGAGAAGGGAAACAACCUAUGAUUCCACCCCCAGCCCUCCAGUCCCUACUGCUGGAGUCCCCACCACUUGUCAAAGCAGCGCAGGAGGCAGCCUGGGUGCGUGUGCUCACCGCGCGGCGGCGAGCACCGGGACCUACGGGCACGCGAGCGCGCGGAGACCUAGUCCCUGCAACGCCCCAAUAUGCCGGCGCCCUCGGGUCUGGCGCCUCUGUCAAAACUCGGCGAGGAGCCGUAGAGCGUAAGGGGUGUUCCUGGAAGGCUCCGGUGGCUGCUCCUCCGUGCUGCGCGGGUUCCCGCCGCCUAGGCAGGCGCGGUCCGGAGCGCGCCCACCACUGCAGCGCUCACGCUCCUGGUUGCUCCCCUUUGCAAGCCUGCGAUCCCGCAGAGCUUAGCCGUGGGACUAGCGGCUGCGCGGCGAGAGAUCGGCGGCCGCGAGCCCGAGCCACGAAGUGGAGGAAGAGCGCAAACGUGCCAGUUCAGAACCCUGCGGCCCGCAAGCCCCUGGGAGUGGCCACCCGCUGCAGCCCAGGGUGCCAUCUACCUGGGCCAGGUUUGAAGGAAAAGGCAAAGAAGCACGAAACAGCCUGGCUCUGGAAAGCUUCGGAGCGCCCAGCUGACUGGUACACCUCAUCCGCUUCCGGAGCGUUACCUGCCUUCUGGACUGAAUGCCACCAGUUUGUUUUACGUUCGUCGCGUGUCCCUCCGCACUCCCCUCUUCCCCUCCCCCACUCCCUCCUCCUUAACGGCCAGAGUCCUGUUUUUGACCUCGGUACAUUUCUCCUUCGGUGGACACCGAACUAACAAGGAGAAUUACUGGCUAAGGGGCCUGUGAGGUGUGUUCCCUACAGACUGCGACUCAGAGCUGGACUUGGGGGAAAAAGAAGUUCAGAAACAAGCAACCCAAUGUUUCCAACUCAUUCGAGAAGCUGCCUACAAGUCAAACUACAAAAGUCAGAC